AGGUUAGGACCGUGAGUAAAGCUUUAAGUAACUCGCUGUGAACGACUUUACUCCAUAUAAAUAGGACGAGAUCCACCAGACGAGCACAUUCAAUCCCAUCCAUCCACACAGCUCAGACAUGAAGCUGAUUAUAGUCCUAUCCCUUAUAGCCUUCGGCUAUGCUGCGAAGUUGGAUAGGACGUAUUUACCACCACCUGGUGCUGCGACUGCCGGGGGGAGCCCAGGGUCCCUGAGCGCGCCUGGACAGAGCUUUGGACAGCAGGCUCCAGGAUUCCGAGGAUCUCAGGCGGGACCUGCUGGACCUAGCCAGGCCGGUCCUAGCUAUGGUGCAUCCGGAUUUGGACGUCCUGGAUCUAACCAGCCUUCUGGACCUGCUGGAUUUGGCAACACUGGAUCAUCAGGAUUCGGAAGUGGAUCCAAUCAGGCUGGAUCAUCAGGAUUCGGACCUGAAUCGAAUCAGCCUUCAGGAUCUUCCGGAUUUGGCAGCAACGCUGGUUCAUUCGGUCGUCCUUCUGGACAGUCUGGGCCUCAGGCCUUCCAGCCUGCCGGCACUGGUGUACAGCCUCCUUCUUCCCAGCUUGGUUUUGCGCAAAAUGGACCCCAGCAGCCUGAGCGUCCUCAAGCUGCCGCCGACAGAAACGCUGAAAUCCUCCGAUACGAUAACCAGAAUGACGGUGAAACCUUCUCUUACAACUUCGAGACUUCGAACGGCAUUUCUGCUGAGGAGUCAGGAGUAGCCACCAACGGUGUGCAGGCUCAAGGUGGUUUCUCUUACAUGGGUGACGACGGCCAGUUCUACAAGAUCUCGUACACCGCUGACGAGAACGGUUAUCUGCCCCAGGGUGACCAUCUGCCUACACCUCCCCCUAUUCCUGAUGAGAUCCUGAGGUCCAUUGAGGAGAACGCGAGGGCUGCUGCUGCUGGGACUCAAGAAGGUGCCUACAACCCCGAAGAAGACAACGCUCCGGUAUACAAUGCGCCCUCCUUCAAUCAAGCUCAGCAGUUUGGUGGUUCUACCGGCUUCGGACCUUCUGGCUCUGCCGGGCCAUCUGGGCCUCAGGGAUCCGGUUUCAACCAGGCCUCGACCCAAGGAAGUGCUGGACCAUCUAGACCUCAGGGAUCCGGUUUCAACCAGGGCUCGACCCAAGGCAGCCAAGGUUUUGGCCAAGGCCCUCAAACCCAAUCAGCCUUCAACGGAAAUGGCAACAAAGGAUUCUCUGGUCAGCGUGCUCAGGGCCAAACCGGCGGUCAGGCUGGCUAUGACUACUCGAGGCCCCAAAAUCAGGGUCGUCAGCCUAAUGGAAACGCUAACGCUAUACCUUCUGGACCCUUCAAGCCUUCUGGCGCUCAGAACCAGGCCAGGCCCUUCCCAGGCCAGAAUCAGCCGAGCCAGCCCUCAGGACAACCCAGACCCUUCCUAGGACAAAACCAGCCGUCUGGCCCAGCCUCCAACCAGAGACAAUACCUGGCUCCUGAAUCUCAGCAGCGUCAACCUGGAAACCAAGGGUCUGCUCCUCAGUCGUUCAACCAAGGUCCCCAAGGUCCCCGAAGCCAAGGCUCUGCCCAAUUUAACCAGAACCAAAUUGGAUCUGGAUCGCAACCUAGCCGCGGACCAUCUAACUUUGGCCAGAACCGCCCUUCCAACCAGCCAUCACAAGGUUCCCCAUCUCAGAGAGGCCCCCAGGGUCCUCAAGGCCCGAGAGGUCAGGGCAACACUCAACAAGACGGCUAUGAUUAUAACCGACCUCAAAGCUCUUUUAACGCUGGCAGCCAAUCCAGGCCUCAGGGUCCUAAUGGUUCAAGACCUCAAGCUGCUUUCCCUGGCUCAAGCUCUCAAGGUCAACCUGGAUUCCCUGGUGCUCCAAGCCAGACUGGUUUCCCUGGUGCCCAAGGGCAAGGUGCGUUCCCUGGAUCUAACCGCCCAGCGGCCCAAGGAACUCAAGGUUUCCCUGGUUCCCAGGCUCCCAGAGGUCAGGGUCUCGGACAGCAACCCCAAAGGCCUUCCAAUCAGGAAACUUUCGGAGGACCCCGGCAACCACCCAGCUUCAGCCCUGAAGAAGGAUACAAAUACUAAGUAAAUAGCCAAAGGACGAUAUUAUGAAUGAGGCAUUAGAAAAUAUACAAAAAAGUUACUCUGUACGUAGUUUUAUGUUGUACAUAGUAAGUUUAAUGUUUUGUCACUGUGUGAUAGAAGGGAAAUAAAUAAUGCAAUUUUUCGAAAGCGAAAA